UUUCUACAAAAAUGACUCUGUAAUGUGAAAAUUAGUUUCGAAUGAAUAAUGAAUGCAAUAAUAAUAAUUUUAGAUAAAUAUUACUAUUGUAAGACUGACAGGUGUCAGUGAUUACCUCUAUGAAUUUUUGAAUAUAUUACGGUCGUCUAUAUAUAACAGAGAGCACACGAUUUAUUUUAGUUUGAGUAUUGCAUUUAUAUCAAUACUAUAAAAUUAAAAAAUAAAGUUUAAUAAAAUUAAAAGUCAUCAUGUUGGUUUUACUUUUUUUUUCUUUAAUUACUAGUUCAGUAGCCCAAUUUUUAGGAGUUACUAACUGUGCUUUUAUACAACCAAUGCCAAAUUUUCAAAUAAACAAUUUUACAGGAAGGUGGUAUGAAAUCGAACGUACAGAUAAUUCAUGGCAACUUUUUGAAAGCUGCACUACUAUCGAUUACGUCUUUAACAGAAAUAAUAAUACACUAGACAUCCACGGUCAUGUUAUUAAUACUGAGACGGGAGCGAGGCAACAUUGGGACGGUGUCGGUUUGGUAGAUCCCAAUAAUCCAGCAUCGAUGGUAGUUCAGUUGCCACCGCUUGCACAAGUAGAAAUGGCAAAUUACAUUAUUGUUGAUACAGACUACAGAAAUUACUUAGUUGCAGUCCAGUGUGUUACCAGAGGACUCAGUCCCCCUAAUGGCUGGCUACUGUCACGAAGGCGAAACCUUGAUCAACGAUACAUUUCGCGAGGGGAACAAAUACUCAGAGAAAAUGGGGUCUCGAUGUUUACGCUGAUUACUAACGACCAACGAAACUGCCAAAAUUAAAGGAAAAUUCCAUAUGAAUUUUAUUACUGCGGCUGCUAAAAUAGUAUAAAUUUUCAUUGGUAUUUUAACUUUUUAUGCUUAUAAGCGUAAAGGAACACUUGUAUAAAUAAUUGACAAUUUAUGAAUAAAUAUUAUUGAGCAUAUGA